GUUUAAAACUUCCCAUCCUUGUGCGCCUGGGUCUGGCAGACUUGCAAAUUUGUAUUCCGGCGGCUGCUUUUCUUCCGCAAGCUUCUAGACUUGUUGAACACAGUCAACACUUGGAGUACAUACGACCUGUCCACCAAGAAGAUGAUGCUGAGCACCAAGUUGCCGGUCUCGAUGGCCAAGGUCGCCGCCCCUGGCCAGUCGGCCCGCCCCGUGGCCUGCCCAACACCGCGCGUCGCUGGCGCCGGCUCAGCUCGCCGGCUGCCUGUCGCGCGCGCCACCAGCACUGAAGGCGAUGAGAUCGCCCUGCUGGAGAAGGCUCUGAGCAUUGCCAAGGAGCGCGCCGCCAAGGCCAAGACCGCGGCGGCCGCGCCCGCUGCUGCCGCCGGCGGCUACAGCGGCCCUGCCUUUGCCAUCAAGACUUUCAAUGCCAUCUCGCCCGUUGGUCUGGAGCGCUUCCCCGCCGGCAAGUACGUGGUCAGCGGCGACGACGCCAAGCUGCCCGCCUCGCCCAUGGCCAUCAUGCUGCGCUCGCACCAGCUGAAGCAGGAGGAGGUGCCGCCCACCGUGCGCUGCAUCGUGCGCUGCGGCGCCGGCGUGAACAACAUCCCCGUCCCCAAGAUGACGGAGCUGGGCAUCCCCGUGUUCAACACGCCCGGCGCCAACGCCAACGCUGUGAAGGAGCUGGUCAUCUGCGGCCUGCUGCUGGCCAGCCGCGGCAUCCUGGAGGGCAACAAGUACACCGAGGAGGUCAUCUACAAGGAGGAGAACAUGGACUACGACAAGGUGGCUAAGCGCAUUGAGAAGGACAAGGCCAAGUUCGUGGGCUGCGAGAUUGAGGGCAAGACGCUGGGUGUGGUGGGCCUGGGUGCCAUUGGCGGCCGCGUGGUGAAUGCCGCGCUGGCCCUGGGCAUGAAGGUGGUGGGCUAUGACCCCGUGCUGUCGCUGGACGCCGCCUGGAAGCUGCCCGGUGACCGCAUGGGCCGCGCCGAGAGCCUGGAGGAGCUGCUGAAGGUGUCGGACUACGUGACCGUGCACGUGCCGUACAUCAAGAACGCCACGCACCACAUGAUCAACGGCGCGAACCUGAAGCUGUGCAAGCCCAACGUCAGCUUCCUGAACUUCUCUCGUGGCGAGAUCAUUGACGGCGAGGCUCUGCUCGACAUGUACAAGAGCGGCCGCAUGACCGGCAAGUACGUGUCGGACUUCGCUGACCCCUUCCUGUCGGGCCACCCCAAGCACCUGGUCAUUCCCCACCUGGGUGCUUCGACCGAGGAGGCUGAGGACAACUCGGCUGCCAUGGCCGCUGACACGGUCAAGGACUUCCUGGAGACCGGCACCAUCCGCAACUCCGUCAACUUCCCCCAGACCGUGCUGCCGCCCAAGCCCGGUCACGUGGGCGGCCGCCUGUGCAUCGUCAACAAGAACGAGGCGGGUGUGCUGGGCCAGAUCACCACCUUCCUGGGCACGCAGAAGGUCAACAUCGAGCAGCAGAUCAACACCUCGCGCGGCGACAUCGCCUACACCGUGCUGGACCUCAGCAAGAUUGACGACCCGGCGGGCCUGCAGGACGGCCUGGCCAAGGCCUGCCCCGGCGUGAUCUCCUCGCGCUUCAUUGGCAACAUGUUCGACGAUGAGAUGGGCAAGCCCGGCACCUUCUUCUACGUCAAGUGGGCCUCGUCUUAAGGAUUUGUGAUCGUAUUGUUAGGUACUGAAUAGUCCUACUAGGGCAGCCGUAGGGAGAGGUGUGAUGCAAAUAAGCAGCUGUUAUGCCGCUGUCAGAGACUGGAGCAGGAUGGGGGCACACGUACAUUAACAUGGGGGCUCCCCGAAGGUGCAACCCUGACAUGUGACUGAACACGUUGAGCCAUGAGUAGCAGUGCAACAAGUGCUAUGUAUGUGCGUGGAGCCGUUACGCCGCGGAACUUCCGCGGAAUUGCGCUGAGUGUGAUGCGUGGGCGAGGCGUGUGAAGGACGCGUGAGGAAACGAAUGUUAUGUGCCAUGCGUGAGCAGUCGGGUAGUCUUGUGUGGUGCUGACGUAAGUUUUAGCUGUAGGCCGGGCUGUCUUGGCAGAGGUUUGCGCAGGCGCAUGUGACUUGGUGAUGCCGGCCCCUCUGCGGGUUGCGUGCGAACAGCGCCGUCGUGAUGGAACAUGGCAAGGGGCAGGAAAGCGUAGUCCCGAUGUGUGUGGCUCCCACCCGUGCCCACAUAAAUGCGUAGCAAGAAGGGACAAGGCAUUGGUGCGUCGUUCGCGCGCUGUUACUGUACCGACGGUAGCUGGCAGGUUGUGUCGAUGUUUUGCUGACGCGCAUUCCUCACGCUCCGGGCGCCCGGCCAAGGCGAUAGCACCACACAGACUCAAUGCGACGCCACACCGCGCGGAUAGCAUAGCCGAUGCGCACCUGCAGGCAGUCGACCGGCGUCCACGGAUGAGCUGUGUAGACGAGCACUAGCGUAAUGCAACGGCGUGCAGCAAAACAAUGGCCGGGCGACAGUGUGACAAGCAGGGGCAAGAACAAGGCGAAGCAAAGCAGAAGAGGGGCCCGAAUGUGUACGACAAUUGUGGCGGGCAGGCCGAAUGCGGUGCAACACGCCAACAACACAACCGGAGGUGAGGAAGCGUUGCUGAUGGUGAGGAUAGGUGCUGCGACGUUCGGUAGGGGAGCUGUGGCCGCGCACUAGGUGCGAACAGCGCCGGGGAACGCGCAAACCUUCG